AUGGCUGCUUCUAUCAAAGCCCUCCCGGAGGGAGCCGGCUGGGCCGUCGUCUGCGGUCUCGGUUUCGUCUUUGCCGCGUUCAUGAUCCUCAUUUCUUUCAUCCAACAACGCUACACCAACCGCUCGAUCAAGGACACCGACGAGUUCGCCUCCGCUUCGCGCUCAGUCAAACCUGGUCUUGUUGCAGCCGGUAUCGUUUCUGCCUGGACCUGGUCCUCAACACUGCUUCAAUCCACUGCCGUCACCUACAAGUACGGUAUCACGGGCGGGUAUUACUAUGCGGCAGGAGCUACGAUUCAGAUCCUCCUGUGCUCUAUCAUGGCUUGCACGAUCAAGCUCAAUGCCCCAUUCUGCAGCACGUAUCUUGAAGUGCUAAAAGUAAGGUGGGGAAGUAUUUCGCACCUCACCUUUUUGUUCUUCGCCCUGGCUACCAACCUCCUCGUCUCUUCGCAGCUCGUCGUCGGUGGUUCCGCAGUCGCCAGCACGCUUACCGGCAUUCCUACACUCGCAGCCAUCUGGCUCAUCCCGGUAGGCGUUGCCUGCUACGUGCUCGUCGGAGGUAUGCGCGCGACGCUACUUGCCGACUACACCCACACGGUGGGUCUCUUGGUUGUCAUUUUCUUUUUCUUCUUCAAGGUGUGGGUUACCGCGGACGAGAUUGGAGGCGUUUCGGGUAUGGUCAAGCUCCUGGCAGAGUCAAACGACAUCGUCGACAACGCUGGCGGCAGUCCUUUGACCUUCCGCAGCAGAGACGGGCUCAUCUUUCUCGUCAUCAACAUCAUAGGCAAUCUGGGCACGGUGUUCUGCGAUCAGAGCUAUCACCAGCGUUCUAUCGCCUCGAAUCCGAACACGGCCGCUCGUGCUUUCCUGUUGGGAGGUUCGGCAUGGUUUGCGAUCCCAUUCGUGUUCUCCAUGACCAUGGGACUUAGCGCAAGAGGUCUGUUUUACUCCGGCUACUCUCUGAUGCCUGCUCUGACGGCUGGAGAUGUGACGGCCGGUCUCGCUGCGCCUGCUUCGGGGGUAGCGAUCGCAGGAAAGGGCGGUGCAGUCGCGGUGCUUAUCAUCCUCUUCCUUGCGGUCACUUCGGCUUCUUCGGCUCAGCAGGUCGCCGUUGCAUCCGUGCUGACCUUCGACGUCUACAAGCCCUACAUUCGUCCGCAGGCGUCGAAGCGUGAGAUCUUCAUCAUGAGCCACGUUGGCGUGGUCAUCUGGGCAGUGGCGAUGGCUGUGAUUGGAACCAUCUUCCACUACGCUGGGAUCUCGCUCGGAUGGCUGUACCUCGCGCAAGGCAUCAUUAUUGCUCCUGCUGUUGUGCCAAUCUUCUGUGGUCUCGUGUGGAAGCGCACCAACAAGGUUGCCUGUUUGGUUGCCAUGCUGGCGGGAGUGAUUUGCGGUAUCAUCACCUGGCUUGUGACGGCGGCUACGCUGGAGGGAGAGGUGACGGUGGCCAGUACUGGAAAGGACUACCCCACGUUGGCUGGUAACGUGGUUUCGCUCUGUGUGUCGGCUAUCAUCACGCUGGUUGGUACUCUAAUGCGACCGGAGACGGAGGACCACUUUGUGCGCACCCGUAGCAUCAACGCACCUGCCGAUGUUGUGGAACGUAUGGUUGCCAACUCGGGGCAGGCCACGCCGGGUUCUGGUGCCUCGUCGACGUCACCCGUGGGCGAAAAGACGGACUACGACAACGAAAAGACGCCAUCCGCUGCUCCGUAUACGCUCGAGACGGUCGACUACGUCAAGGCUGCAGGACUAGAUGCGAGCGAGCUGCGCAAGACGCUUCGUUUCACGAGCUGGGUCAGUGUGGUUGCGUCUUUUACGCUCUGUGUGCUUAUUCCGGCAUGCCUAGCUUCGCGCAGGGUGUGGAACGCGACCGGUCUGGCGGCGUACAUCUGGAUCGGAUUCGUUUGGUUGAUCUGGACGACGCUCGCUGUGGGUGUGCUGCCUAUUUGGGAGUCGAGGCACGAGCUGGCUGCCAUUUUGAGGGGAAUUGGGAAGGAUCUGUCGGGGAAGAACGGCAAGUUCUCGAAGGACGAGAAUGCUACCACUGCUUCUGAUUAG